AUGGAGCCCCGCGCGCUCGCCGCCGCCCUGACCGUGGCGGGGCUAGCGCUGAGCUGCUGCCGUGAGCCGCUGCUCUCUGAAUGUUAUACAGCAAAUGGGGCUGACUAUCGUGGCACUCAGAACCAGACGGCCCAGUAUGCAGGGAAACCUUGUCUUUUUUGGAAUGAGACCUUUGAGCAUCCCUAUAAUACUUUGAAAUAUCCCAAUGGGGAGGGAGGGCUUGGAGAGCAUAACUACUGCAGGAAUCCUGAUGGAGAUGUCAGCCCAUGGUGCUACAUUGCAGAGCACGAGGAUGGAGUAUAUUGGAAGUAUUGUGAGAUUCCAUCAUGCCGAAUGCCAGGGAAUCUAGGCUGUUUCAAGGACCAUGGAGAGCCACCACCCUUGACUGGCACCACCGAAACCUCCAAUAAACUUACUAUACAAACAUGCAUCAGUUCCUGCCGACGUCAGCAAUUCAAGUUUGCAGGCAUGGAAUCAGGUUAUGCCUGUUUCUGUGGAAAUAAUCCUGACUACUGGAGAUAUGGGGAGGCAGCCAGUACGGAAUGCAACAGUGUUUGCUUUGGAGACCAUACACAGCCUUGUGGUGGGGAUGGCAGAGUCAUUCUUUUUGACACCCUUACUGGUGCCUGUGGAGGGAAUUACACUUCUGCUACUGCUGUGAUCUACUCCCCAGAUUUUCCUGACUUAUAUGGCACAGACAGAGUCUGUUACUGGACCAUACAAGUUCCAGGAGCAUCUCAGAUCCACUUCAAUUUUGUCCUUUUUGAAAUCAAAGAUGCUGCAGAUAUGGUGGAGUUGUUGGAUGGCUACACCCAUCAUGUCCUAGCUCGUUUUAAUGGCAGUAACCAGCCUCCCCACUCCUUUAACAUCUCUUUGGAUUUUGUCAUAUUGUACUUUUUCUCAGAUCAAAUCAAUCAAGCCCAGGGUUUUGCCAUCAGAUACAGAGCUAUCAAAGACAAUAUGCAUGAAAACAAAAUUCCAAUCAAUCAGACGCUUUCAGAGAAGAUAAAUGAAAAAGCAAAUCUCAGCAUCAAUGCAGCCCGGUCAUCAAAGAUACUUUAUGUCAUCACAACCAGCCCAAGUCAUCCUAGCAGUUCCAUGCCUGAAUGGACAAUAUAUGGUCUCACAGCACUCCUCAUCCUAAGUGUUACAGCCAUAUUGGCAAAGAUAUUUCUUCACAUUUCCAUGAAGUCCCAUCAGAUAUCAUCUGCCACUGAAAUCGAAGAUUCCCACCCAACAACUACUGCUACUGAGAUCUGGAGUAUUUUUUAUGAACCUUCCACCUCCAUCUCUAUCUUCAAGAAAAAGCUUCGAAGUCAACAAGAUGAUCGCAACCCACUAGUAGGAAACUGAAGUGUCUUUCAUUUUUUCAAGAUUAAUCUUCUUAAAUUCCAGUAUCCAGUGAAAUACUGUGUUCUCACCAAGCUACCAGCACUCUGGUGUGGGGAUAUUGCAAGUCAAAAUUCAUCACAUCCUUCUACAGUCUCGGGUGCUGCUGAAAAAGCUGCUGUUGGCUCUGAACUUCAGUCUCGACUGAAGAGGUAACAGCUUCUGUAGUGACUAGGAGGUCUUUGCUGUCCACCAGGCUGUUGCUCCUCCUCCUCUGUGAAAUUUCCAGGAAAUCACCAUCUCUCUCCGUUUCAAAACAUUCAUCCCUGCAGCCACACCUCAGAUUUCCUCUUCAGUGCUGAGACUUCAAAGAAAAGCAGAUGGAAAACAUGUUUCUCAGCAAAAAAUCUUUAGUACCAGCAAGGUAUUCUGAAGCUUUCUCAACUGCCUGCCACAGAUAGCUUGGUAUACCAGGCUGCGCAUCUAGAUGAGAUGAUCUCACUGCAAAGAACAAGAAACGCAGCUGCUGUGAUGCCUUCCUCAGAGAUGAUCCCCUAUCCCCAGCAGAGAAACAAGUUGUGGUUUUAGGAUUAACACCCCUCGCUGUCAGAGAACUGAAAUAUCACUGCAAAUCCAUCCAUGAAAGAAUUUUCUUGCUCACCAACAAACAGCACUGUUUUCUCUUUGGAAGACCAAAAUUAGACCAAUAGAGUUUUACAGACUCUAUCUACAAUGCUUGAAUAUUUGCUGUAACUAAUGGGACUCAUCAAUAUGUCUUUCAGCUUCAGUAAGUUCUGACCAGCAACAGAUAGAAAAAAAAAGACAAAACGGCACAAAUAAAUGAACUGAAAAACUGAGAGUGAGCAGUUUCUCAGACUAAGUCAGAGGAAAUCCAGUGAGGACCCCUGAGGUCCAGUAAUUCUUGCUAAGAGGAAAGGAAUAAAUACCAGUUUAAAUAUAAAGCAGUCGUCAAUAUACCAGGCCUGCAGUCUCAGAGUGAGCAUUACAUGGAUCGGCAAAAGUUAACUAAGAAAAAUAAGACUUUUACUGUGUGUGCUCAUUAUAGCAAGCACCUGCAAUUCUGUUUUUGAUAUUCGUUUCCCUCCCCAGCCCUUCCCAUCUUACGGCUAUCAAGAUCCUUCCCCAACAGGAUACCUAAAAGAGAAAACAAUAAAAACAUUGUGCCUUGCUUGACAAUGUGGACCUAGUCUUUUACCUGAGUUAAAUUCAACCCAGCUCCAUUCAUGUACUACAGAUGAGUGCCAGGGACAGC